AUGGACAUUAAUUUGUGUUCAGCACAUGUUCUCGGCUUGAUGAUUCACCAGCAAAGAAAAAAAAAUGCCGGAGGGCCGGCGGCGGCGCGCGGCGGCGGAGCACGCGGUUGUAGCGGGCCGCAGUCAUUGCUCCCGCCGCGUCCCGGCCGCGCCGCCCGUGCCAUGUCCCAGCCCGCCGUACUGAACGCACCCGAUCCACUGCUCCCGCCUUUCGCCGUCGCGGUAUGCAUAGCAUGCGUCGCAGGCGCCGGAAUUCUUUGUAACUUCUCAGUAAUAACCGCACUCCUUAAAUUCUCAAAUAAUGGUCUUUCUGCAAUUAUCAUCCAACUAGCUAUUGCGGACGUUCUCAUACUGUGUAUAUUAUCGGGCCCAGAAUUGUGGUUUUUUAACAUUCGAACAUGGAACUUCGGGCACAAUUGCUGUACAGCUUUCAGAGGAUUAAGCGUGUUUGCUUCGACAGCGUCGUCGUAUUUAAUAGCCACAGUGGCACUUCAUACCAUUGCGACUAUUAACCUAGAAGAAAAAGCUAUGGAAAGAAAAAUGAAACGAAAUAGAGAAACCGAAGACGAAGAAAUAAAAUCGUCUCAUCACAGUCUUGUGGCCAAUAGUGAUUCUUCAACACCACCUCGCACAAUGAAUUUGGACUACCGCCUCGUAGAUACUACUGUGAGAGUAACACCUCCAGUUCUGUUCAUAUGGAUACUGUCAGCAUCCUUGAGUAUACCAGAAUUUGUUUUGGCGACUACUAUUAACAUAAAUGAAAAGGUAUCCCUGUGCACUUCUAUAGAUUCCCACCACAAACUCAAUACCAUUUCGUGGUUGGCUACCUUUAACCUAAUAUUACCAGGCACUAUUAUGUGUAUAACGGGAGUGAUAGUGAUAUCCAAGCUUUUGUUACAAAAAAGAACGUUAUCUGAUCAAAACAAAGAGUCUGUAUCUGCAUUAAAAUUAUCUCUGUGUUUAAUUAUACUUUAUUGGAUAUUUUGUACACCGCGGUCAAUAACUACAGUAUAUCGUUUAUAUUCCAGAUCGUUUGGUGAAGAUCAGAUUUCCUCGUUUGAAUCAGAAAAGCUUGAUGGUAUUAUAUCACCAAUAAGUUUAGCAUUUAGUGGCACAUUUAUGCUUGCAGCCGCAUUGCGUCCUGUUCUAUCCAUGUUGCUGUUACCAAAAUUGAAAAACGUUUUGUCAAACAGCACUAAAUAUAAUGAAAGAUAUUUUAAUACGUAAUUAUAGUUGUAAUAAAUGCCUUUUAUAAAUGAAGGA